GAACGGCGAAAUUAUGAUUAUUGUAAUCAACCAAUGAUCAGAAUACAACGAUAGUUUUGACUGGUUGUUGUGGUAUAAAUAAGCGGACGGAAAGUCAGUUAGCAUAAGAAGAUGGUCUACUUCACAUACAGCCACGUAGCUGUCUCUCUCACUGUGAUCUCAUUUGCAGCCAUAAUUUCAGGUGAAUCGACGAAUGUAACUGUACUUGAAAGUUGGCUAAAUGAAACUCAACAUGAAAUAUCCAAAGCAGUUUCGGAACUCAAAGUCGCAGAAGGGAGAGUAAAAAAUAUUACAGACAAGAUUCUCAGUCAAGAUGCAAGCUUACGAGGAGAAAUAGAAGAUUAUAUGAACUGCCUGGAAACUGCAUACAAAUACAAAUGGGGAAAAACCACAUUUGACUAUAUCUCAGAACGUCUUCUGGACAAGAGUGAGGAAGAUUCAAAUGAUGAUAUGAUAACAUGUUACCUUCAAGAAGCCACAGUAUAUGAGGAAAAAAUGAAGGAGUUCCCUGUGGAAAAAUGUUUUGAAAAUCAACCUCCAGCGAAAGAAGAAGAUCUGGAGCAACUGAAAUGGCAAAUCGAAUCAGUAUUUUACUACAACUACUUGUUUAGCUCUGAAAUUUUUUACAAGAAUUUUUUCACAACCAAGUUGAAUAUAUUGAAAGGUGAGAAAUAUUUUGCAUCAACUUACAGCGUCAAUCACUCGGGUGUACACUGCAACCGUUAAAUAAUAUUUUUCGCCGUCGACUAUUCUCCCACCAUACAGCAUAAAGACAGGUGAAUGAGUAUAUGGAUGAAACUGGAAUCUUGAAUACGCCUGUUUAAUCGAAUGGGAAAGCAUCAUCAGUGACGUUGUAAGUUACCGUUCGGGUAUUGCCCGAUGAUUAAUAUCGUGGCAGUAUUAAAUAAAGGGUACCAUGAAUGUGUGAGAAUACACAUGUACAUUUUUUUGGGCGUCAAUGAGAAUAUGGAAGCAAGCUAGUGAAAUCCGCACGACUCAUGGUGAAAUAUUGAAAGAUAGCAACAUAUGUACUCAGACAAAUAAUGAGAAAUGAAAUUAUCACUCACUGAAAAUGUUCACUAUUCUGAGAUUGCAUGAAUAGGCACAUAGUUCACCACCAAUCAUCCUUCUCUCCAGGAUACGUGUUUCUUGAUUACUUCACCACUUACAAUUUUGUAGCCAGCAAUAUUGCUAACUGAUUUUAUUCUCAUACAGGAAAUUGAAGAGAAGAAUCAGGAUGAAUGUUGGAGUCAGCGUACCACUGAAUGCAUGUCUAUUGUUGAAGCUUUCGUAGAUAUUUCAUUUUAAAUUAAAUUAAAUAAAUCACUUUUCUGCUA